CAGCAGCCAUGGCUCUCUCUAUAUCUGGAGGAACUGUGUUCAGAGUACUCCUCAUUAGCAGGUUGUUAGAGAGCUCGUUGCUCAACGCAGAAGUGAAGGAAGGAGAGAUUCUGCCUCCUACCAUUCAGAGGCUGAUGAAAGGAUACAACAAGUACCUCAGGCCUUUCUUUGACAAUGGUCCGGUUACAGUGGGUAUGAGCUUGGACAUUGCCAGCAUUGACACCAUUUCAGAGAUCAACAUGGACUACACGGCCACCAUAUUCCUCCGCCAGCGAUGGACUGAUGAGCGCUUGGUGUUCGAGGGCAACAAGAGUCUGAGCCUUGACGGGCGGCUAGUCGAGCUCCUCUGGGUCCCAGACACGUUUAUUGUUGACUCCAAGAAGUCCUUCCUCCAUGACAUCACCGUGGAAAACAGACUGAUCCGCAUCUUCCCCAACGGGACUGUCCUUUACGCGCUGAGGAUUACCACUACUGUGGCUUGCAACAUGGAUCUGACCAAAUAUCCCAUGGACAAGCAGACCUGCACGCUACAACUGGAGAGCUGGGGUUACAACAUCAAUGAUGUUAUGUUCUACUGGACCAGAGGAAAUGAGUCUGUCAGUGGUUUAGACAGUCUGCAGCUGGCUCAGUAUACAGUAGAAGACCACUACACAUCUGUCUCAGAGGCCAUCUAUGAAACUGGCCAUUACCCGAAGCUUGUCUUCCACUUUGAGCUGAAGAGGAGUAUUCUGUACUUCAUCCUGGAGACCUAUGUGCCCUCCAGCCUGCUGGUGGUCCUCUCCUGGGUUUCCUUUUGGAUUUCCCUGUCUUCUGUUCCAGCACGUAUUUGCAUAGGAGUGACCACAGUACUGACCAUGACAACUCUGAUGAUGGGAGCCCGCACAUCACUACCCAAUGCCAACUGCUUCAUCAAGGCCAUUGAUGUGUAUUUGGGAAUCUGCUUCAGCUUUAUCUUCGGAGCGCUUAUUGAGUACGCCGUGGCCCACUUCUGCACCCUCACUCAUGCUGAAGCACAUAUGCUCAUGUAUGGCCACCACAUGCACGACUUUGACGAUGAAAUGAACGGCAUCAUCACCACCAUAUCCACUCACUGUAGCAGGGCCAAGAGGCGCAAGGAGCCCACUGCAACUUCUCCUUCAGUUCCUGCCUCGACCGAACUCGCUGUCAGCCCCUCUAGCCCCUCGGGCAGUGAGUCCAAGCCUGAGGUGUCGCCUCCAGAGCGCACCAACUGGUGCCUCACUGUUCUGGCCACCCUCCGCAAGAUUCUCCGUGCCAUAAGCUGUUGUCAUGUGGAGAACCCCCACCAUAUAGACAACUACUCCAGAGUCACCUUCCCACUGUCUUUUGUCAUUGUUAACCUGCUCUACUGGACAUAUUAUCUGUACUUUUAGCAUUUGUUCAAGUGCAGUUUGUGUCCUGGAGAGUUUAAGACAGAGAGUAUUUGUAGACAACAAGUCCCUUACUGUACAGUAAGUGUUUUUCAGGCGUGUUCUGGGAUGAGUGUGUACAAUUUCUACAUUUGGAUUCAUGAGAGAGGUAGCAUACUCAUAUGGGAUUGUUUUGGUGGAAAAAAGGAAUGCUUAUGAUUGCAGCUCCAUUUUAAAUAUUAAUAAGUACUCAAACUGUGAUAUAUCUUUAAAUUUCAUUGAGUUGGUUUUACUAAAAAUAGGCCUCUCUUACUAUGACAAGG